UGUCCUCGCUUUCUCAUGUAACACACUGAAAGUUCAGAAGCAGAAAUUGGUUUAAUUGAUUUGCCAUGGUUGUGAUGACAAAGGAAGGACCUGGGGUGGGCCUGACUCAGGCCACCCCUGUUUUGGCAGUUGGUGCACAUGCUUCUACCAACUGUUCUGGACGAAGGAUCCAAAUGCUCAGCUGGGCCUAGUUGACGUGCCUCUGCAGGGUCCUUCAAACAAAGGUCCUUUCCUGCAAUUUUGGGGGUUUAUUUUAUCACAUAAGAUUUUCUGGAUUUAUACAGAAUAUUUGGAACUUCUACUGCCUUAAAGGCUAACUUCCAAAGAAGAGGAGACAAGAUAUGGGACCUAUACGCAUGGACUUUUUAAGAAGCUGGGAAUUCCUGGGCCAACACCUCUGCCUUUUUUUGGAAAUGUUCUGUCCUACCGUAAGGGUAUUUGGAAUUUUGACAGGAAAUGUUUUAAAAAGUAUGGGAAAAUGUGGGGGGUUUAUGAUGGUAGACGGCCUGUGUUGGCUGUCACAGAUCCAGACAUGAUCAAAACAGUACUAGUGAAAGAAUGUUAUUCUGUCUUCACAAACCGGCGGCCUUUUCGUCCAGUGGGGUUUAUGAAAAGUGCCAUCUCUCUGUCUGAGGAUGAGGAAUGGAAGAGAAUACGAACGUUGCUGUCUCCAACCUUCACCAGUGGAAAGCUCAAGGAGAUGUUCACAAUCAUUGGCCAGUAUGGAGAUGUGUUGGUGAGGAACUUGAGGAAGGAAGCAGAGAAAGGCAAACCCGUCACCUUGAAAGACAUCUUUGGGGCCUACAGCAUGGAUGUGAUUACUAGCACAUCAUUUGGAGUAAACAUCGAUUCCCUCAACAACCCGCAGGAUCCCUUUGUGGAAAAUAGCAACAAGCUCUUAAGAUUUGAUUUCCUCAAUCCACUCAUUCUUUUAAUGGUACUCUUUCCGUUUCUUCAGCCAAUUUUUGAAGUAUUAAAUAUCUCUCUGUUUCCAAAAAGUGCUAUUGAUUUUUUCACAAAAUCUGUAAAAAGGAUGAAAGAGAGUCGCCUCAAAGAUAAAGACAAGCACCGAGUUGAUUUUCUUCAGCUGAUGAUUAACUCUCAGAAUUCCAAAGAACUGGACACCCAUAAAGGUCUGUCUGAUCUGGAGCUCGUGGCCCAAUCUAUUGUCUUUAUUUUUGCUGGCUAUGAGACCACAAGCACUUCUCUUUCCUUCCUUUUGUAUCUUUUGGCCACUCACCCUGAUGUCCAGCAGAAGCUGCAGGAGGAGAUUGAUGCAAUUUUCCCGAAUAAGGCACCUCCCACCUAUGAUGCCCUGGUACAGAUGGACUAUCUUGACAUGGUGUUGAAUGAAUCUCUCAGAUUAUUCCCAGUUGCUGUUAGACUUGAGAGAGUCUGUAAGAAAGAUGCGGAAAUCAAUGGAGUGUUCAUUCCCAAAGGGACAGUGGUGAUGGUGCCAACCUUUAGUCUUCACCGAGCCUCAGAGUUUUGGCCUGAGCCCGAGGAGUUCCGUCCUGAAAGAUUCAGUAAGAAGAACAAGGACAACAUAAAUCCUUGUAUAUACAUGCCUUUUGGAAACGGACCCCGAAAUUGCAUCGGCAUGAGGUUUGCUAUGGUGAAUAUGAAACUUGCUCUUGUCAGAGUGCUGCAGAACUUCUCCUUCAAACCUUGUAAAGAAACACAGAUUCCCCUGAAAUUAGGCAAUCAAGGACUUCUUCAACCGCAAAAACCCAUUGUUCUAAAGGUUGAGUCCAGAGAUGGGACCGUCAAUGGAGCCUGACUCUCCCUAAGGACCUCCAUUUUGUUAUUCAGGGAAACUUUAUUCCAGAACCCCAGAGACAUCAAUUUCUUUUGUGAAUAAAACCCAGAAUGAAGAUGGGCUUAGCCUACUGCACUUGAUGGAUGCCUAGGGAUUCUUACAUCCAUUGCACUUUCUUAGUGUCUGUGUAGAGUAUUAUAGGUUGUGUAAUAAAAAGGAGGGGACUAAGUAAGCACCAGAAAUGUGGACUCAGCUUAUCUGGUUCUCACAGGAUGGUCUCCAUCCACCCCCACUUAGUACCAUCUACUCUUCCU